GACGAAAAGGGGCGGGUACGCUAGGCUACCUUAGCUCCAAGCUAAUCAAAAGCUAGCCGAGCUGUGUUACCUACCAGGUAGGGGAAAAAAACACAUUCAAACGCCGACAUUAUUGGCCUACAGUAAAAGCCUAGUGUGGCGGUGUGGUCCUUUAUGGGCGGACGUCUCCCAUAAAAGCAAACUGAUACAGCGUACACUUCAACCUGGAGGGGUGUUAAAUCGCUUGAAGCCUCCUUUGUGAAGAAUUGUUCACUCUUUGCAAACCCGCUUCCUGUUGUGAAGACCCAGCUGGUCUCCAGGUCUACUUGAAGAGUAUGAGCUUGACUACAGAAACCCCCAAUGAUGGCCCCAGUGUUACAGAAGAGAGCAAGCAGCCCACGGUCGAGAAAAAGGACAAAAAGGCAGAUGAUGUAGCCGAGGAAGAGGAGGAGGAGGAAGAGUAUGUGGUGGAGAAGGUCCUGAAUCGGCGGGUGGUCAAAGGGAGGGUGGAAUAUCUCCUCAAGUGGAAAGGAUUUUCAGAGGAAGACAACACGUGGGAGCCAGAGGACAAUCUCGACUGUCCUGACCUCAUCGCCGAGUUCCUCCAGUCUCAAAAGUCGGCGCAGGAGGGCAAACGAAAGGCCUCCACUGAUGGAGAUGGAGAAGAAAGCAAAUCCAAGAGGAAGAAAGAUGAUACGGAGAAGCUAAGGGGCUUCGCUAGAGGUUUGGACCCGGAGAGAAUCAUCGGAGCCACCGAUUCGACAGGAGAGCUUAUGUUCCUCAUGAAAUGGAAAAACUCUGACGAAGCAGACUUGGUUCCAGCCAAGGAGGCAAACGUCAAAUGUCCGCAGGUGGUCAUUUCUUUCUAUGAGGAACGGCUUACCUGGCACUCGUACCCCAGCGAAGAUGAGAAAAAAGAGGAGAAAAACUAAGAUGUAGUUUUGAACUUGCUUGUACUUUGGGUUCCAAGGGAAGGGAGGGGGACAUGAAUUUAAGUGGGGUGAAAACACUUCAGUUAGUCUGAUGUGAUUUUCUGUGUUUAGAACGUCGUCGUCAUGCUUGACACCGUAUCCAUGCAGUGUUAACAUUUUGCUAUUAUGCUUUUGUGCCAUUUUGCUUCAGUUUUAUUUUUACAUCUUAGCAAUCGUUCUUCUGUGAUGACUUCGUGCUUGGUGAUGUUAUUGUUGUUUUUCCUCAUGUUUCGCUGUCAUUUUUGGACAAUAAACUCACUUUUUGUUA